CUGUUCAAAGAUACACAAUAAAAGCAAGGCUUCUAUGGAACAUGAAAUAAUAAAUAUGAAAGAUAUUGAGACAGUGGAUUUUGCCAAAACAAUGCGUAAAGUGGACCUCCAAAAUAUGCAAUGUACAAUUCAUGGUAAAGAAAAAUGCUUUAUCUAUUGCAAAGACUGCAGUGAGCCUGCUUGUUCGAAAUGCAUCAUUGAGGUCCAUCAAAAACAUGAAUACAAAGCCCUUGAUGAAGUUUAUGAAAGGAUUAUUGCUGACAUAAAUGAAAUAGAAGACAAAAUUGAAUCCAAUCUCCAGCUUUUAAAAAGAGAAAAAAAUAACCUUUUAAAAAUGCUACCAGAUGGGGAUGCAAAUUUCCAAGAAACAAGGGACAUAAUUCUACAAACUGAGAAAGAAAUGAAAGAAGCAAUUUCGAAAUUUGCUGAAGACCUUUUACAAAAACUUGAAAAAAAAUGGAAGUCUUCAGAAAAUAUGAUCAAAACAGAACUUUCUGCUAUGACAAAGAAAGAGGAUGAGUUGGAAACAAGGAUGAGCAAUAUAAAUCAAGCACUUCAGUCUCAUCAUGUGGCAGAUAUUUUAUCUACAAGUAAAACCUUAGAUACUUCAUCGCCAAAGUAUUCAGUUAAACAAAUUAAACAAAAAAAGUCAAAGUUUAUUCCUAGCAAUCUGCAAGUGAAUAUAGGAAGUAAAAUGUUUGGUGGUCUUUAUACAGUUCCAGACUUUGAACUUAUUGACACUUAUCAAAGUGAUGUUGAAAAUGUGACAGGCAUACUUUUAUCUAGUGACAAUAAUGCAUUUAUAGGAAGCUAUUAUCAUAAAAACAUACAGAAAAUAAAAAUAGAAAAUCAUAAUAUCAAAGUUGAAAAAGAAGUUCAAAUAACAGUCUGUGAUAUGGCAUUGACAAAGGAUGGAGAAAUACUUGCGUCAUCUACAGAGAGUGCUCUGAAACUAUAUACCAAAGAUGGACAGUUAAAUACAUUUAAGUCAUUUUCUCCCUUGAAAACAUUAGGAGUACAUGUAACCAAAGAUAAUAAGAUAAUAGUUGGGUUGACAGAAUCUUUUCCUGUUCAAUUCCCCCCAACAAAAGACAGUAUCAGAAAACUUUCGGUUAUGAACAAGGAUGGUGAUAUACAACAUACUAUUGAAUAUGAUACAAACAAUCAGAGACUGCUAACUUAUCCUCGUAGAAUUAAUUCUUUCAAUGAUAAGAUAGUAGUUGUAGACAUUGUAAACACAGAAUAUGAGGGUAGGAUAGUAAUGUUAGAUUAUGGGGGACAACUACAUUGGAUCUACAAUGGCUGUAAUAGUAUCAAUUCUGACCAUGUAAAAUUCUAUCCAAGGGAUUUGGCAAUUACCUCUACAGACAUGAUUUUAGUGUCUGAUUCUUUGAAUCAUGCUAUACAUGUUUUAAAUCCUGAUGGGGAGGUUAUUGCAUAUACGGAUGUUAAAAGUGUAGGAAAAGAAUCAGCUUGGAGUCUUAGUAUUGACAAAAAAGAUGUUUUAUGGAUUGGGUGCAAUGCAUGGGAAAGUGACAAGAAGGGUAAAAUACAUUGUGUUAAACUAAUAUAACUUAGAUGUUAAAAAUAGACCAGACUUUAAAGCACUAAAGCUAUAAAACAUAUUUGUAUUUAAUCUAUAGGGAUCAGAAUAUAAUUAAAAAGAAAGAAAGUUACUACACUUCAGCCAUAGUAUGUUAUUGUUCACUUGUGUUUAAUUACUACAAUUAAAAAUCACCCACAAAUAACUUCCCUAUAACUUUGUUUAUCAUUUUAGUUAUUGGUUCACAAAAAGAAGUUUAUGGACAAAAUUAAGAAUAUGAAACAAGGAAGAUUUGGGUAUAUAUCAUUUGGGGGUCAGACAAUGACACAACAGGAUAUUUUGAGGCCAAUAUUAUCAGUUGUCUACAAUAACUUUUCAAUUUUAAAUUUUUCAAGGUGUAUGCAAAUACAAAAUACAAAAAAAACUAACAUCAAAUAAAACCUUACAAAGAGAAUUAUCAUGAUUAAAUUAAGUACUAAAUACUUCUUUAGAUAUCAUCUUAACAGACAUCUAAGGUGGUCUUGUGUAGUAAUUAACAUCUCAGUCACUUGGUUUUCAAAAUUUCCUUCUUUACAACAACUUCUGAUGGUAACUGAUUUAUUUUGGGUUUUUUUCACAGCAAUACAUUUGCCAAAGUAUUGAAGGUAUUUGAAACUUGAAUGAAAAUGUCAAUGAACAAAUGUUUCUAGUAAAUUCAUUUUACUUAUUUUCAAAGUACAGUAGUUUGUUAUUUAACAUUAUAUACAUGUCCACAAUUAAAAAGGAUUUUCUAAAGAAAAGGACCAUUGGUCCAUCAUUACUAUUUCAUUUUUCAUGUAAAUUGGAUUGUAACGAGAUUUGUCAAGAUAAAUUUGUGACAAAAUCUGUCUAAGAUAUUUUACAAUAUAUGUAAGAAUUAACACCAGGUUAAAGAAAGAUAACUCAUUUUGACAAAUUAUAGUAUUGUCUAAGUAAUGAUAUAUUAUAUAGUCAUAUCAGUAAUCAUCACCAAUAUAUGUAAUCUAUAAAAUAAAGGAAU